AUGGGAACAGCAAAGAUUUUGGUCAGAUUUGGGCUUCUCAUAGCUUUGUUCUUUGGCAAUACAAUGAUCAGCACGUCUGCCACUACCCAAAUGCCAGAAUCUACUACACCUGCAUCUUCUAAUACCACAACAUCUACCACCACAAUAAGUUCAAUAACCACCUCGACAGAAACAGCAAAGUCAUCUGCAUCCACAUCUAAUAUAAAACUGUUAUCAAGUACUGGUACAACAAAUCUAGCUGAAACAUCAGUUACUAGUGGAUCUACACAUAGUCAAGCAAAUACUCAGCAAACGGCAACCGCCUCAGCUGAAUCACCAUCUAGUAUACCACCCACUAGUACUAGUUCCACAUCGUUAUCACUACCCAGCACUACUAUUUCUACUAGUACUAGUUCCACUACUUUAUCAACACCAAGUACAUCUCUAGAUGUAACUAGUCAAUCUACCUCUCAAACAAGCACAACAAUACCUACUACUGUAGGAUCGACAACUUCAACUAUAUCCUCUACUGCUGGACCUAUUACUAGUGAAUCUACAAAUAGUCAAGCAAUCACUGUAUCAACAGAAACUCCCUCAACUGAAUCACCAUCUAGUGCAACACCCAUUACUACUAGUUCCACUACUUUUUCAACACCAACUUCUUCUGUAUCUGUUAAUAGUCAAUUUAACUCACAAACAAAUACAACAGGUCCUACUACUGUAGGAUCCAUCCCUUUAACUAUAUCCUCUACUGCUGGACCAAUUACUAGUCAAUCUACAAAUAGUCAAGAAACCUCUGUAUCAACAGCAACCACCUCACCUGUAUCACCAUCUAGUACUAUUUCUACUACUACUAGUUCCACAACUUUAUCAACACCAAGUACAUCUCUACCUGUUUCUAGUCAAUCUACCUCUCAAACAAGCACAACAAUACCUACUACUGUAGGAUCGACAACUUCUAUGAUAUCCUCUACUGCUGGACCUAUUACAAGUGAAUCCACAAAUAGUCAAGCAACUACUGUAUCAACAGCAACCACCUCAACUGAAUCACCAUCUAGUACAACACCCACUAGUACUAGUCCCACUGUUUUUUCAACACCAAGUUCUUCUGUAUCAGUUACUAGUCAAUCUAUAUCUCAAGUAAGUUCAACAGUACCUACUACUGUAGGAUACACCACUUCAACUAUACCCUCUACUGCUGGACCUACUACUAGUGAAUCUACAAAUAGUCAAGCAACGACUGUGUCAACAGCAACCACUUCAACUGAAUCACCAUCUAGUAGCACUCCGACUAGUACUAGUUCAACUAUUUUAUCAACAGCAAGUACAUCUCUACCUGUUACUAGUCAAUCUACCUCUCAAACAAGCACAACACCUUCUACUGUAGUAUCCACAACUUCAACUAUAUCCUCUACUGCUGGACCUAUUACUAGUGAAUCUACAAAUAGUCAAGCAACAACCGUGUCAGCAGCAACCACUUCAACCGAAUCACCAUCUAGUAGCACUCCGAUUAGUACUAGUUCAACUAUUGUAUCAACACCAAGUACAUCUCUACCUGUUACUAGUCAAUCUACCUCUCAAACAAGCACAACCCCUUCUACCGUAGUAUCCACAACUUCAACUAUAUCCUCUACUGCUGGACCUAUUACUAGUCAAUCUACAAAUAGUCAAGCAAUCACUGUAUCAACAGCAACUCCCUCAACUGAAUCACUAUCUACUGCAACACCCACUACUACUAGUCCCACUGCUUUUUCAACACCAACUUCUUCAGAUUCUGUUACUAGUCAAUCUACAUCUCAAGCAAGUUCAACAGUACCUACUACUGUAGGAUCCACCACUUCAACUAUACCCUCUACUGCUGGACCUACUACUAGUGAAUCUACAAAUAGUCAAGCAACGACUGUGUCAACAGCAACCACUUCAACUGAAUCACCAUCUAGUAGCACUCCAACUAGUACUAGUUCUAUUAUUUUAUCAACAGCAAGAACAUCUCUACCUGUUACUAGUCAAUCUACCUCUCAAACAAGCACAACACCAACUACUGUAGUAUCCACAACUUCAACUAUAUCCUCUACUUUACCUAUUACUAGUGAAUCUACAAAUAGUCAAGCAACAACCGUGUCAGCAGCAACCACUUCAACCGAAUCACCAUCUAGUAGCACUCCGAUUAGUACUAGUUUAACUAUUGUAUCAACACCAAGUACAUCUCUACCUGUUACUAGUCAAUCUACCUCUCAAACAAGCACAACCCCUUCUACCGUAGUAUCCACAACUUCAACUAAAUCCUCUACUGCUGGACCUAUUACUAGUCAAUCUACAAAUAGUCAAGCAAUCACUGUAUCAACAGCAACUCCCUCAACUGAAUCACUAUCUAGUGCAACACCCACUACUACUAGUCCCACUGCUUUUUCAACACCAACUUCUUCUGAUUUUGUUACUAGUCAAUCUACAUCUCAAGCAAGUUCGACAGUACCUACUACUGUAGGAUCCACCACUUCAACUAUAUCCUCUACUGCUGGACCUACUACUAGUGAAUCUACAAAUAGUCAAGCAACGACUGUGUCAACAGCAACCACUUCAACUGAAUCACCAUCUAGUAGCACUCCAACUAGUACUAGUUCAACUAUUUUAUCAACACCAAGUACAUCUCUACCUGUUACUAGUCAAUCUACCUCUCAAACAAGCACAACACCUUCUACUGUAGUAUCCACAACUUCAACUAUAUCCUCUACUGCUGGACCUAUUACUAGUGAACCUACAAAUAGUCAAGCAAUCACUGUAUCAACAGCAACUCCGUCAACUGAAUCACCAUCUAGUGCAACACCCACUGCUACUAGUCCCACUGCUUUUUCAACACCAACUUCUUCUGAUUCUGUUACUAGUCAAUCUACAUCUCAAGCAAGUUCAACAGUACCUACUACUGUAGGAUCCACCACUUCAACUAUAUCCUCUACUGCUGGACCUACUACUAGUGAAUCUACAAAUAGUCAAGCAAAGACUGUGUCAACAGCAACCACCUCAACUGAAAUACCAUCUAGUACAACACCCACUAGUACUAGUUCCACUGUUUUUUCAACACCAAGUUCUUCUUUAUCAGCUACUAGUCAAUCUAUAUCUCAAGUAAGUUCAACAGUACCUACUACUGUAGGAUCCACCAUUUCAACUAUAUUCUCUACUGCUGGACCUACUACUAGGGAAUCUACAAAUAGUCAAGCAACGACUGUGUCAACAGCAACCACUUCAACUGAAUCACCAUCUAGUAGCACUCCGACUAGUACUAGUUCAACUAUUUUAUCAACAGCAAGUACAUCUCUACCUGUUACUAGUCAAUCUACCUCUCAAACAAGCACAACACCUUCUACUGUAGUAUCCACAACUUCAACUAUAUCCUCUACCGCUGGACCUAUUACUAGUGAAUCUACAAAUAGUCAAGCAACAACCGUGUCAGCAGCAACCACUUCAACCGAAUCACCAUCUAGUAGCACUCCGAUUAGUACUAGUUCAACUAUUGUAUCAACACCAAGUACAUCUCUACCUGUUACUAGUCAAUCUACCUCUCAAACAAGCACAACCCCUUCUACCGUAGUAUCCACAACUUCAACUAAAUCCUCUACUGCUGGACCUAUUACUAGUCAAUCUACAAAUAGUCAAGCAAUCACUGUAUCAACAGCAACUCCCUCAACUGAAUCACUAUCUAGUGCAACACCCACUACUACUAGUCCCACUGCUUUUUCAACACCAACUUCUUCUGAUUCUGUUACUAGUCAAUCUACAUCUCAAGCAAGUUCAACAGUACCUACUACUGUAGGAUCCACCACUUCAACUAUAUCCUCUACUGCUGGACCUACUACUAGUGAAUCUACAAAUAGUCAAGCAACGACUGUGUCAACAGCAACCACUUCAACUGAAUCACCAUCUAGUAGCACUCCAACUAGUACUAGUUCAACUAUUUUAUCAACACCAAGUACAUCUCUACCUGUUACUAGUCAAUCUACCUCUCAAACAAGCACAACACCUUCUACUGUAGUAUCCACAACUUCAACUAUAUCCUCUACUGCUGGACCUAUUACUAGUGAAUCUACAAAUAGUCAAGCAAUCACUGUAUCAACAGCAACUCCCUCAACUGAUUCACUAUCUAGUGCAACACCCACUAUUACUAGUCCCACUGCUUUUUCAACACCAACUUCUUCUGUAUUUGUUACUAGUCAAUCUACAUCUCAAGCAAGUUCAACAGUACCUACUACUGUAGGAUCCACCACUUCAACUAUAUCCUCUACUGCUGGACCUACUACUAGUGAAUCUACAAAUAGUCAAGCAAAGACUGUGUCAACAGCAACCACCUCAACUGAAUCACCAUCUAGUACAACACCCACUAGUAAUAGUUCCACUGUUUUUUCAACACCAAGUUCUUCUGUAUCAGCUACUAGUCAAUCUAUAUCUCAAGUAAGUUCAAAAGUACCUACUACUGUAGGAUCCACCACUUCAACUAUAUUCUCUACUGCUGGACCUACUACUAGUGAAUCUACAAAUAGUCAAACAAGAACUGUGUCAACAGCAACCACUUCAAAUGAAUCACCAUCUAUUAGUACUCCGACUAGUACUAGUUCAACUAAUUUAUCAACACCAAGUACAUCUCUACCUGUUACUAGUCAAUCUACCUCUCAAACAAGCACAACACCUUCUACUGUAGUAUCCACAACUUCAACUAUUUCCUCUUCUGCUGGACCUAUUACUAGUGAAUCUACAAAUAGUCAAGCAAUCACUGUAUCAACAGCAACUCCCUCAACUGAAUCACCAUCUAGUGCAACACCCACUACUACUAGUCCCACUGCUUUUUCAACACCAAGUUCUUCUGUUUCUGUUACUAGUCAAUCUACAUCUCAAGCAAGUUCAACAGUACUUACUACUGUAGGAUCCAACACUUCAACUAUACCCUCUACUGCUGGACCUAUUACUAGUGAAUCUACAAAUAGUCAAGCAACGACUGUGUCAACAACAACCACUUCAACUGAAUCACCAUCUAGUAGCAUUCCGACUAGUACUAGUUCUACUAUUUUAUCAACAGCAAGUACAUCUCUACCUGUUACUAGUCAAUCUACCUCUCAAACAAGUACAACACCAACUACUGUAGUAUCCACAACUUCAACUAUAUCCUCUACUGCUGGACCUAUUACUAGUGAAUCUACAAAUAGUCAAGCAAUCACUGUAUCAACAGCAACUCCCUCAACUGAAUCACCAUCUAGUGCAACACCCAUUACUACUAGUUCCAUUACUUUUUCAACACCAACUUCUUCUGUAUCUGUUACUAGUCAAUCUACAUCUAAAGCAAGUUCAACAGUACCUACUACUGUAGGAUCCACCACUUCAACUAUAUCCUCUACUGCUGGACCUACUACUAGUGAAUCUACAAAUAGUCAAGCAAAGACUGUGUCAACAGCAACCACCUCAACUGAAUCACCAUCUAGUACAACACCCACUAGUACUAGUUCCACUGCUUUUUCAACACGAACUUCUUCUGUAUCUGUUACUAGUCAAUCUACCUCUCAAACAAGCACAACGCCUUCUACUGUAGUAUCCACAACUUCAACUAUAUCCUCUACUGCUGGACCUAUUACUAGUGAAUCUACAAAUAGUCAAGCAAUCACUGUAUCAACAGCAACUCCCUCAACUGAAUCACCAUCUAGUGCAACACCCAUUACUACUAGUUCCACUACUUUUUCAACACCAACUUCUUCUGUAUCUGUUACUAGUCAAUCUACAUCUCAAGCAAGUUCAACAGUACCUACUACUGUAGGAUCCACCACUUCAACUAUAUCCUCUACUGCUGGACCUAUUACUAGUGAAUCUACAAAUAGUCAAGCAAUCACUGUAUCAACAGCAACUCCCUCAACUGAAUCACCAUCUACUGUAACACCCACUACUACUAGUCCCACUGCUUUUUCAACAUCAACUUCUUCUGUAUCUGUUACUAGUCAAUCUACAUCUCAAGCAAGUUCAACAGUACCUACUACUGUAGGGUCCAACACUUCAACUAUACCCUCUACUGCUGGACCUGUUACUAGUGAAUCUACAAAUAGUCAAGCAACGACUGUGUCAACAGCAACCACUUCAACUGAAUCACCAUCUAGUAGCAUUCCGACUAGUACUAGUUCUACUAUUUUAUCAACAGCAAGUACAUCUCUACCUGUUACUAGUCAAUCUACCUCUCAAACAAGUACAACACCAACUACUGUAGUAUCCACCACUUCAACUAUAUCCUCUACUGCUGGACCUGUUACUAGUGAAUCUACAAAUAGUCAAGCAAUCACUGUAUCAACAGCAACUCCCUCAACUGAAUCACCAUCUAGUGCAACACCCAUUACUACUAGUUCCACUACUUUUUCAACACCAACUUCUUCUGUAUCUGUUACUAGUCAAUCUACAUCUCAAGCAAGUUCAACAGUACCUACUACUGUAGGAUCCACCACUUCAACUAUAUCCUCUACUGCUGGACCUAUUACUAGUGAAUCUACAAAUAGUCAAGCAAUCACUGUAUCAACAGCAACUCCCUCAACUGAAUCACCAUCUACUGUAACACCCACUACUACUAGUCCCACUGCUUUUUCAACACCAACUUCUUCUGUAUCUGUUACUAGUCAAUCUACAUCUCAAGCAAGUUCAACAGUACCUACUACUGUAGGAUCCAACACUUCAACUAUACCCUCUACUGCUGGACCUAUUACUAGUGAAUCUACAAAUAGUCAAGCAACGACUGUGUCAACAGCAACCACUUCAACUGAAUCACCAUCUAGUAGCACUCCGACUAGUACUGGUUCUACUAUUUUAUCAACAGAAAGUACAUCUCUACCUGUUACUAGUCAAUCUACCUCUCAAACAAGCACAACACCUUCUACUGUAGUAUCCACAACUUCAACUAUAUCCUCUACUGCUGGACCUAUUACUAGUGAAUCUACAAAUAGUCAAGCAAUCACUGUAUCAACAGCAACUCCCUCAACUGAAUCACCAUCUACUGUAACACCCACUACUACUAGUCCCACUGCUUUUUCAACACCAACUUCUUCUGUAUCUGUUACUAGUCAAUCUACAUCUCAAGCAAGUUCAACAGUACCUACUACUGUAAGAUCCAACACUUCAACUAUACCCUCUACUGCUGGACCUAUUACUAGUGAAUCUACAAAUAGUCAAGCAACGACUGUGUCAACAGCAACCACUUCAACUGAAUCACCAUCUAGUAGCACUCCGAUUAGUACUAGUUCUAUUAUUUUAUCAACAGCAAGAACAUCUCUACCUGUUACUAGUCAAUCUACCUCUCAAACAAGCACAACACCUACUACUGUAGUAUCCACAACUUCAACUAUAUCCUCUACUGCUGGACCUAUUACUAGUGAAUCUACAAAUAGUCAAGCAAUCACUGUAUCAACAGCAACUCCCUCAACUGAAUCACCAUCUAGUGCAACACCCAUUACUACUAGUUCCACUACUUUUUCAAUACCAAGUACUUCUGUAUCUGUUACUAGUCAAUCUACCUCACAAACAUUUACAACAGGUCCUACUACUGUAGGAUCCAUCCCUUUAACUCUAACCUCUACUGCUGGACCAAUUACUAGUCAAUCUACAAAUAGUCAAGAAACCUCUGUAUCAACAGCAACCACCUCACCUGUAUCACCAUCUAGUACUAUUUCUACUAGUACUAGUUCCACAACUGUAACAACACCAAGUACAUCUCUACCUGUUACUAGUCAAUCUACCUCUCAAACAAGCACAACAAUACCUACUACUGUAGGAUCGACAACUUCUAUGAUAUCCUCUACUGCUGGACCUAUUACAAGUGAAUCUUCAAAUAGUCAAGCAACUACUGUAUCAACAGCAACUGACUCACCAUCUAGUACAAAACCCACUAGUACUAGUCCCACUGUUUUUUCAGCACCAAGUUCUUCUGUAUCAGUUACUAGUCAAUCUAUAUCUCAAGUAAGUUCAACAGUACCUACUACUGUAGGAUCCACCACUUCAACUAUAUCCUCUACUGCUGGUCCUUUUACUAGUGAAUCAGUAACCACCUCAACUGAAUCAUCAUCUAGUAGUACUCCGACAAUUACUAGUUCUACUAUUUUAUCAACAGCAAGUACAUCUCUACCUGUUACUAGUAAUUUUACCUCUCAAACAAGCACAUCACCUACUAAUGUAGGAUACACAACUUCAACUAUAUCCUCUACUGCUGGACCUAUUACUAGUGAAUCUACAAAUAAUCAAGCAAUUACUUUAUCAACAGCAACUCCCUCAACUGAAUCACCAUCUAGUACUAUUCCUACUAGUACUAGUUCCACUAUUUCAACACCAAGUACUUCUGUGUCUGUUACUAGUCAAUCUACCUCACAAACAAGUACAACAGUUCCUAAUACUGUAGGAUCCACCACUUUAACUAUAUCUUCAACUGCUGGACCUAUUACUAGUCAUUCUACAAAUAGUCAAGCUACCUCUGUAUCAACAGCAACCACCUCAACUGUAUCACCAUCUAGUACUAUUCCUACUAGUACUAGUUCCACAAUUUUAUCAACACCAAGUACAUCUCUACCUGGUAUUAGUCAAUCUACCUCUCAAAUAAGUACAACAGUACCCACUACUGUAGGAUCCACUACUUCAACUAUAUCCUCUACAGCUGGAACUAUUACUAGUCAAUCUACAAAUAGUCAAGCAACCACUGUAUCAACAGCAACCACCUCAACUGAUUCAUUAUCUAGUAGUACUCUGACAAGUACUAAUUCUAGUAUUUUAUCAACACCAAGUACAUCUCUACCUGUUAAAAGUCAGUCUACUUCUCAAACAAGCACAACACCUACUACUGUAGGAUCGACAACUUCAACUAUAUCCUCUACUUUCGGACCUGUUACUAGUGAAUCUACAAAAAGUCAAGCAACUACUGUGUCAACAGCAACAACCUCAACUGAAUCACCAUCUAGCACAAAACUCACUAGUACUAGUUCCACUACUUUUUCAACACCCAAUACUUCCGUAUUUAUUACAAGUCAAUAUACCUCACAAAGAAGUACAAAAAUACCUACUACUGCAAGAUCCAACUCUUCAACUAUAUCAUCUACUGCUGGAUCUAUUACUAGUGAAUCUGCAAAUAAUGAAGCAACCACUUUGUCAACAGCAAACAGCUCAACUGUAUUACCAUCUAGUAUCUCUCCUACUAGUAUUAGUUCCACUACUUUAUCAACACCCAGUACAUCUGUACCUGUUACUAUUCAUUCUAUCUCUCAAACAAGCACAAUACCUACUACUGUAGGAUCCAUCACUUCAAUUGUAUCCUCUACUGCUGGAUCUAUUACUAGUAAUACAAAUAGUCAAGCAACCAACAUGUCAACAUCAACCACCUCAACUGAAUCACAAACUAGUACACCACCCACUAGUAUUGGUUUCACUUCUUUACCAAUGUCCAGUAUCAUUGUAUCAGUUAGUAGUAUAUCUACAACUCCACCCACUACCUCUCAAACCAAUACAUCAACACCAACUACUAUUGCAUCAACUGCUUCAAUUAUAUCCUCUGGGGCUGAAUUUAUUACUAGUGACUAUGCAAAUAGUCAAGCAAACAACGGAUCAAUAGCAACCACCUCAUCUGGAUCACAAAGUAGUACAAUUGGUUCUAUUACUUUUACUGAUACUAUUGGUACAACAAAUUCUUCUUCUGGAACAACAAAUCUUUCUUCCAUAUCUGGAACCAAUACUGCUGGAAAUAUUACCAGUAGCACUGGUGUUACACAAUCCACAGCAACUGUAAGCACCAUUUCCAAUAUCUCAGAUACCACUGUUAGUAGCACCACAAUUAUUUCUACCACAGCAUUGUCCUAUACUCCAACUACUGGUGGCAUCACCAAUAAUACCAUCUCAACUAUAGAAUCCACUGUUACUGGGACUAAGAUUAGUGCUACUACUAUAUCGGGACCCAUAGUUUCAGUAGCUGUCACAAAUAUCACUGCUACAACAGAAUCUGCUACUACUCAAACCUCAAAAAGUGCUACAUCCAUACAUGCAUCCAUUGCUGCAGGAACUGUCACUAAUAAUACUGGUGCCCCAGAAUCCACUACCACUGUAAGCAUUGAUUCUAAUUCCAAUGGUUCCAUUGUAACUGGUACCACAAAUAUUACUACCACAUUAGGGUCCUCUACUGCAUCUACUGGUGGAAUUACCAACAAUACCAACUUUACUAAAGAAUCCACUGUUACUGGGACUAUUAUUAGUGCUACAACCAUAUCAGGACCCAGUGCUGUAGACGCUAACACUAAUAUCACAACUACAACAAAAUCUGCAGCUACUAAGAACACUAUAAAUGCUAACACAAUUUCUGGAACCAUUAGUACUGGAACUAUUACCAGUAGUACUAGUGCUACAGAAUCAACAGCUACUGGCAGCACCAGAUCUAAUAUUACUGGUACCACUGUGACUGGCACCACAAAUAUUGCUACCACAACAUUGCCCUCCACGGCAACUACUGGUGGCAUCACCAACAAUACCAUCUCAACUACAGAAUCCACAGCUGCAGGAAGCAUCAGUUCUAAUAUGACUGGUACCACUGUGACUGGCACCACAAACAUUACUACCACAACAUUGUCCUCUACUGCAACUACUGGUGGCAUCACCAACAAUACCAUCUCAACUACAGAAUCCACAGCUGCAGGAAGCAUCAGUCCUAAUACCACUGAUUUCACUGUAGCUGGCACCACAAACAUUACUGCCACAACAUUGUCCUCUACUGCAACUACUGGUGGCAUCACCAACAAUACCAUCUCAACUACAGAAUCCACAGCUGCAGGAAGCAUCAGUUCUAAUAUGACUGGUACCACUAUGACUGGCACCACCAACAUUACUACCACAACAUUGUCCUCUACUGCAACUACUGGUGGCAUCACCAACAAUACCAUCUCAACUACAGAAUCCACAGCUGCAGGAAGCAUCAGUUCUAAUAUGACUGGUACCACUGUGACUGGCACCACAAACAUUAAUACCACAACAUUGUCCUCUACUGCAACUACUGGUGGCAUCACCAACAAUACCAUCUCAACUACAGAAUCCACAGCUACUGGAAGCAUCAGUUCUAAUACCACUGGUUCCACUGUGACUGGCACCACAAACAUUAAUACCACAACAUUGUCCUCUACUGCAACUACUGGUGGCAUCACCAACAAUACCAUCUCAACUACAGAAUCCACAGCUACUGGAAGCAUCAGUUCUAAUACCACUGGUUCCACUGUGGCUGGCACCACAAACAUUACUGCCACAACAUUGUCCUCUACUGCAACUACUGGUGGCAUCACCAACAAUACCAUCUCUACUACAGAAUCCACAGCUACUGGAAGCAUCAGUUCUAAUACCACUGGUUCCACUGUGGCUGGCACCACAAACAUUACUGCCACAACAUUGUCCUCUACUGCAACUACUGGUGGCAUCACCAACAAUACCAUCUCAACUACAGAAUCCACAGCUGCAGGAAGCAUCAGUUCUAAUAUAACUGGUACCACUGUGACUGGCACCACCAAGAUUACUACCAAAACAUUGUCCUCUACUGCAAUUACUGGUGGCAUCACCAACAAUACCAUCUCUACUACAGAAUCCACAGCUACUGGAAGCAUCAGUCCUAAUACCACUGGUACCACUGUGGCUGGCGCCACAAACAUUAAUACCACAACAUUGUGCUCUACUGCAACUACUGGUGGCAUCACCAACAAUACCAUCUCAACUACAAAAUCUACUGUCACCAACACAGAUAGCAACAGCAAUACUCCUACUAAUAAUACAGGCACUUCUGUAGGAUCAAGUGACUCAAGCACAAUAGUUCCUGUAACUAGAAGUAAUCUUGGAUCCAACAUUUCCACAUCAGUAGUGACAAGUGCAAGCUCUUCUACAAGAGUCACCAUUCCAUAUUGGGGGAUUAUUCUACUAGGACUGAUAUCUAUCAUGGGUGUAGCCCUAAUCAUUGGUUUAUUGUGUGGGAUUGUAGUCAAGCUUCUGUUAUACCCCAUUCUACAGCUUCAUAAACAGUAUUUUUUAGCAGUGCUCAGUACUUCUACCACUACCCAAAUACCAGUAUCUACCACACAUACAUCUUCUAAUACUACAACAUCUACUACCACAAGAAGUUCAAUAGCCACAGCCACAGAAACAGCCACUUCAUCUGCAUCCACUCCUAGUGGAUCUACAGCAACACCCACUACUACAGUAUCCACUGCAUCAUUAAAAUCCUCUACUGCUGAAUAUAUUACUAUAAGAUCUACAAAUAGUCAAGCAACCAAUGUAACAACAGCAACCACCUCAACAGAAUCACCAUCUAGUACAACGCUCACUAGUACUAGUUCCACUACUUUAUCAACACCCAGCACAUCUGUAUCUGUUACUAGUCAAUCCACCUUUCAAACAAGUACAACAACGCCUACUACUAUAGGAUCUACUGCUUCAACAAUAUCCUCUACUUCUACAUCUAUUACUAGUGACUCUACAAAAAGUCAAGCAACCAAUGUGUCAACAGCAACCACCUCAACUGAAUCGCCAUCUAGUACAACACUCACUAGUACUACUUCCACUACUUUAUCAACACCUAGUACAUCUGUAUCUGUUACCAAUCAAUCUACCUCUCAAACAAGUACACCAACACAUACUACUAUUGGAUCAACUAUUGCAAUGAUAUCAUCUACUUCUACAUCUAUUACUAGUGACUCUACAAACAGUCAAGCAACGAAUGUGUCAACAGCAAUCACCUCAACUGAAUCACCAUCUAGUACAACACCCACUAGUAAUAGUUCCACUGCUUUACCAAUGUCCAGUACAGUUGUAUCCGUUACUAGUGUAUCUACAACACAGCCUAAUACCUUCCAAACUAACACAUCAACACCUACUACUAUUGGAUCCACUGCUUCAAUGAUAUCUUCUGUGGCUGGCUCUACUAUUAGUGACUCUACAAACAGCCAAGCAACCACUGGAUCAACAGCAUCCACUACAUCUGGAUCACAAACUAGUGCAACUGUUUCCAGUGGUACUACUAGUGCUACUGGUACAAGAGAUUCCACUGCUACUGGGACAACACAUGUUACUGCCAUAUCUGGAACAUUUGCUGUACCUAUCACAAAUAGCACAAGUGUUACACAACCUACAGCUAUUGGAAGCACCAGUUCCAAUGUCACAGGUUCCACCACAACAUCAUCCUCUGCUGCAACUACUGGUUUCAUCACCAAUAAUACCAUCUCUACUACAGAAUCCACUGUUACUGGGACUAAGAUUAGUGCUACUACCGUAUCAGGACUCAUUGUUUCAGGGGCUGUCACAAAUAUAACUGCUACAACAGUACCUGCUACUACUGAGUCCACUAUAAGUGGCAACACCAUAUCCACAGUCAUUACCGCGGGAACUAUCACUAAUAAUACUGGUGCCACAGAAUCCACUACCACUGUAAGCAUUAAUUCUACUAACACUGGUUCCACAGUGACUGGUACCACAAAUAUUACUACCACAACAUUGUCCUCUACUGCAUCUACUGGUGGCAUCAUGAACAAUACCAUCUCUACUACAGAAUCCAUAGCUACUGGAAGCACCAGUUCUAAUACAACUAGUUCCACUAUAGGUGGCACCAUAAACAUUACUACCACAACAUUGUCCUCUACUGCAACUCCUGGUGGCAUCACCAACAAUACCAUCUCUACUACAGAAUCCACAGCUACUGGAAGCACCAGUUCUAAUACCACUGGUACCACUGUGACUGGCACCACAAACAUUAAUACCACAACAUUGUCCUCUACCGCAACUACUGGUGGCAUAACCAACCAUACCAUCUCUACUACAGAAUCCACAGCUACUGGAAGCACCAGUUCUAAUACCACUGGUACCACUGUGACUGGUACCACAAACAUUACUGCCACAACAUUGUCCUCUACUGCAACUCCUGGCAGCAUCAUCAACAAUACCAUCUCUACUACAGAAUCCACGGCUACUGGAAGCACCAGUUCUAAUACCACUGGUACCACUGUGACUGGUACCACAAACAUUACUGCCACAACAUUGUCCUCUACUGCAACUCCUGGUGGCAUCACCAACAAUACCAUCUCUACUACAGAAGCCACAGCUACUGGAAGCACCAGUUCUAAUACCACUGGUACCACUGUGACUGGCACCACAAACAUUACUGCCACAACAUUGUCCUCUACUGCAACUCCUGGCAGCAUCAUCAACAAUACCAUCUCUACUACAGAAUCAACGGCUACUGGAAGCAACAGUUCUAAUACCACUGGUACCACUGUGACUGGCACCACCAACAUUACUACCACAACAUUGUCCUCUACUGCACCUACUGGCAGCAUCAUCAACAAUACCAUCUCUACUACAGACUCCACGACUACUGGAAGCAACAGUUCUAAUACCACUGGUACCACUAUGACUGGUACCACAAACAUUACUACAACAACAUUGUCCUCUACUGCAACUCCUGGCAGCAGCAGCAAUAAUACCAUCUCUACUACAGAAUCCACAGCUGCAGGAAGCUCCAGUUCUAAUACCACUGGUACCACUGUGGCUGGCACCACAAACAUUACUACCACAACAUUGUCCUCUACUGCGCCUACUGGUGGCAUUACCAACAAUACCAUCUCAACUACAGUAUCCACUGUCACCAACACAAAUAGCAACAGCAAUUCUCCUACUAAUAAUACAGGCACUUCUGUAGGACCAAGUAACUCAAGCACAAUAGUUCCUGUAACUAGCAGCAAUCCUGGAUCCAACAUUUCCACAUCAGUAGUAGCAAGUGCAAGCUCUUCUACGAGAGUCACCACACUGAACGGAGCCAUACUAACCCAGAGUGCUACAGUCUCCACAAAAACAACCUCUGCCCAAUCUGCAGAUCUCAUUGAUCACAAAGUGAAAUGA